UACAAGUCAUUAGCUCCUAGCUCCUACUCCAGUUAACCCGCCAAAAACCACCACCAGCAAAAUGUUCAAAAUUCUGUUCGUGCUCGUCGCCCUCGUCGCCGCCCAGACCUACGCGCAUCCCGGAGUGGUGGCCGUGGCUCCCGUGGUGGCUCACCCGGUGGUGCACACGCCCAUCAUCCAUCACGGCGCCCACUCGGUGCACUCCCACGUUGUUCAUCACCCGGCAGCCGUGAAGGUCAUCACCCCCGUGGUCCACAAGCCCGUGGUGGCGGUGCACGCCGUCCGGCCGGUGGUGCCCCUGGUUCCAGUGCAUCAUGCUGCCCCCGCCGUCGUCGUGCAUCAUUAACCGCACUCAACGGAGAGUCCCGAUCCAGAUCCCCCUCCCCCAAACCGAACCCAACCCAACCCAACCCGAUCCCUUCCUGACCCCCGAAACCGAUCCCACAAUAAAAGUUCGUAGCCACGUAA